AUGAGUACCAGACGAAAGAAGAAGGGGAAUAAAAGCAACCCACCCGCCACGACUCCCGCUCGCCGAGUGAGCCAACUCGAGCAAAUGGAUCUGGCAUCAAAAGCACCAACAAAACCGAAGAGGUCGGCCCUCGUCGCACAGUCCAGCAUCGAAGAAAGCCAACUACCCAGCUCUCCUUCCCCUGCUAGCACUGCCAUCCCCCCAAGCAUGGGACGUGUCACUCGUUCCUCGACAUCAGCGACAUCUCCAUCGUCGUCAGCAACUGCCCCAAACGCCACGGCAAAUAGCAAUGCCAGCACGCUCACAACCCAGAAGACUCCCAAACCUUCGGGAUCCAAGGUCGAAGGUGCCAGUCCGCAGGAUUUGGCCAUAGCAAAGCUACGCAAGAUGCUGGGACCCUUGAAGAAAGGACCAACAAUUUUCGAAGGUGCAACGCCGGAUGAUUGUGGCGACGAAGCCAUGGAGGACACCAAUUCGGGCGAGGCUGCGGAAAUCCUCAAGGACUUGCUGUCAACUGCAGGUAUUGACCUGGACGCCAUGGCAUCGACAUCGGAUAACAGGAACAGGGAUGUGGCGAUGCCAGUUGAGGAUGCUCAAACUGACACAGAGUCGGAAGGGUCAGAGUCAGAAGACGAACCUCCAGUCACGACUCGGAAAGGCAAGGCGUUGAAUUUCAGGGAGAAGAUCAUGUCGAAAGUGACUCGCAAUGCGGCUGAGGAGGAUGAGAAGAAAAGGAAGGGAGAAUUUGAGCCUCCCAUGGUGGACAAGCGCCUGAAGAUCAACAAGAUCCAUGAGACCACUAUCGAAAAGCGCGGUGGUCUUCCGUCAAACUGGCGCAACAAUGCAACAAACAAGAAACCGACUAACCUGCAAUCUCCCGACAACCAGCCUGCCAAAUCCGCUGCGAUUAUGGCCGUCCCGGGUAGCCUGGUUGACGACAUGGACAACGAAGCCUCUGUGGGAGCAGAGGGUCCGCUUAAGGCCAAUUCUUCGAUGGUGAAGCUCGAGUUCAACAAACCCGCAAAGGCGGUCGAUGCUCCAAACAAAGCCAAAGCCAAAUCAACUUCCAAGAAACCGACCAACGAGAGUUUGGGCCUUACCGCCGCCCAACUACAUGUCUGGAAGACGGCUCUUUGCUCCACUUGGUACGCUUAUUUAGCGUCUCUCAAUACGAUCUGGGAUGUUGGAACGGACGAAGACACACUUGCCAACAUCGAGUACCUUUACAACAAAUUGAUUGCACCACUCACCGGGAAAAACAUCGACGACCUCAAUACCUCCAGCGUCGUCUACCGUCUGCUCGCGCAGCGCGGUUAUGAGCACCGCAGCGCAGUUGCCGACUGGGCGCUUGCCAACGGCAUUGCACAUUUUUUCAAUGUCGGCGAAGAGGACAAUCCGGAAAAGUACAAAAAUGUCGAAGAGCGCAUCCUGUACAUCGAAGAAGCUAUCAACGGCGCAACCUUCUCCUUCAUCUACGAGAAACCCGAGAUUAAAGGGAAGAUUUUCCGCACUCCACACGUGCUCGCGACAUUCGGGUUUGUGCUGAGCACCCACAAGAAUUCCCGCUUCGAGUUUGAGCAGUAUCCGGGAGGUCUAACGUUGUCAGUGCUCGCGGUCCAUCGCGCCCAUGAACUCUGGGGCGAGAACAACGGAAUCCAGCCAGCAAGCGUUCGCGGUCACGGCAGCUUCAGCCACUCAGCGCACGGCAACCGGGCCAACCAAUAUCUGGCUCUCGUCGCCCAGCUCAACAAACGCCAAUGGCGUGACAUCAUCAAGCGCUCUCGUGAAGCCUAUUGUCUGGCUACCGGUCAACCUGUCCCCGCCUCUCUCAAGACUGCUGGCCACGUCGAAAAACCGUCGAAGGAGGACGAGCGGUUCAUGGCAUUGGAGGUGCGAGAGUCUUCCGACAUCGAGCCCGAGGAAGUCGAUGGCUAG